AUGGCGAUACUUUCCAUCACAACCGCCGAGAAGGACCUCCAGUCGACAGCGUGCGAUGCCGUUGCGCCCGCCAGCAGCGCCUGCGCAGCCCUCCGUCGGCUCGAAGUGCGUGCGUGGGAGAAGCUGCAGCCACAUGGAGACGUCUAUAGUCCACGCACGGGCCACACUGUCUCGAGCAAAGGGGACCGCGUGUACGUGUUUGGCGGCACGGAUCGUCGACGACGGCAACAGGACCUCUACCAGCUCGACGUGGCCUCGAGCACGUGGUCCCAAGUCCAGACGCGCGGUCUACUGCCGCCCCGACGCUCGGGCGCGCUCGGCGUCGUCCACCAGAGCGACAUGUUUAUCUUUGGCGGCUACGACGGCCGCGACGGCAACUACUUUAACGACUUGUACUACUUUAACUUUGACGACGCGCGCUGGCGUCAGAUGCCGAGCGUCGUGGCCGACCGACCCGAAGCUCGCACGGACCACAUUAUGGUGCUGCACGCCUCGAGCAUCUACAUCUUUGGCGGCUACAACGGCUCGGUCCGGUUCAAUGACCUCUGCGGCUACGACCUGCACGCCCAGUGCUGGCAGCGACUGCAGGCGCUGGGCGCGACGCCGUCGAGACGGUUUGGCCACAGCGGCGUCGUGCACGCCGAGACAAACCGCUUGAUUGUCUUUGGCGGGUGGGACGGCCGCGACACGCUGAAUGACUUGCACGAGUACAGCUUCAUUACGAACGAGUGGCGCAAGCUGGAGACCAAGGGCAGCAGCCCGCCCCAUCGGUACCGCCACACGGCCGUGAUCUAUGGCAACAAUAUGUUUGUGUUUGGCGGCGUCGACAAGACGCACAGUCGAUUCAACGACUUGCAGUGUCUCGACCUGGUGACGAAUACGUGGAGCGAAGUCUGCACUGCUGGCAGCAUCCCGAGCAGCCGGACGUUUCACCGGGCGGUGGUUGUGAGCAGCAAAAUGUAUCUGCUGGGAGGCUACGAUGGAACGGAUCGACUGCAGGAUUUAUACUCGAUCGACAUUGGAGCGCUCACGCCACCGUCGCUGCUGGAGAUUUGUGCGGACUACGUCCGAGCAAAUGUGGACGCUGUGCUAGAGACGACGACGUUCAAGGGCGUUCCGCAGGACAUUAUUGACCACGUAGUGUUCAAGCGCGACCUGGAGGGACAGUUGCGAGGGAAGUGCAAAUUGUGCCGCCCUGGUCGAUGCUGCGUGUACCGCAUGCAGACGAUCGAGCCGUGUCCGCAAGAUGACCGAGAGCCGACGCGGGCGAACCAUGUCGGCUGCAUGUGUGGCCACUCUACUUUUCACCACGAGGUGGUCGAAGAAUCAAAGCUCUAUGGAAAAAAGCCCGCCGGAUCAACAUCUACAAAAGUGAUGAUGCUAUGCGGAUCGAUCUACAAACGCUUCUUCGACACGACAUCGUCUGCUCUGCCCACUUCGUCAGUUCUUUCGUCUCCGCGCAGUCGCUACUCUGAUGACGGUAGUACGACCAACGAGAAGGAGUGCUUUGCAUCGGCCACAUGA